GAGAUAGUGAGAGAGUGAGUGUAGGGGAGAGUGAGAUAGAGAAAGACAUAGACAGAGGAGGAGGGGGAGGCUCCUGAUACCAAGACACGGAAAAGCAGGGGAGGGAAGAGAGAAAGAGAAAAGGGGCUGGUGGAGGAAGAAGAGCGGGGAGUGGGAGAAAACAGGGGGAAUAACACCUAAAGAAAGCAUACAGAAGAGAGCAAGGACAGUACCUAGUGCUUUGGACAUCCCCUCCUUUCUUCUCUCAGGUUGUCACACCAGAUUGGACUCCGAAGGACCGACACCGCGUCCACUCCAGACCCCAUGGGGUAACAGCAGAGAGAACAGCAGACGUUUGGAGGAGAGGCUUUUGUUCAGCUACACAGAUGAACAACAGGAAGGAGGACAUGGAGAUCUCCUCUCACUACCGUCAGCUCCUCAGAGAGCUCAAUGAGCAGAGGCAGCACGGCAUCCUGUGCGACGCCUGUGUCAUCGUGGAUGGAAAGAUCUUCAAGGCCCAUAAGAACGUGCUCCUGGGCUCCUCACGCUACUUCAAGACUCUUUACUGCCAGGUUAAAAAAGGGGCAGAGCCUCACCACCAGACUACUGUCACUCACCUGGACAUUGUCACCGCGACAGGCUUCAAAGCCAUACUGGACUUCAUGUACUCGGCGCACCUCGCUCUUACCAGUAAGAACGUGAUCGAGGUCAUGUCAGCCGCCAGCUACCUGCAGAUGACUGACAUUGUCCAGGCAUGCCACAGCUUCAUCAAGGCUGCGCUGGACAUCAGCAUCCGCUCUGAGAUGGCUGACGAACUGGCCGACUUUGAGAUGGGAGCUGUUGCUGCCGCUGGCAUAGGCGGAGGUGGAGGAGGUGGAGGACUGGGUAUAGCAGGUGCAGGGGGUGGUGCAGGAACAGGUUUGGGAGGAGGAGGAGGAGGAGGAGGAGGAAGCAUCGUGGGCAUGGCUUCUGAAGCCCUGGCCUCCAUCAUGUCUGGUCGCAGCACCUCCCCUUGGCUGGCACGCCGCACCAGCCCGGCCAACUCUUCUGGGGACUCGGCCAUCGCCAGCUGCCACGAGGGAGGCAGCAUGUAUGGCAAGGAGGACCAAGAACCCCCCAAGAGCCAUGAGAGCCAGGAAGAAGCCUGCCACGACUCCCAGCCCGCCUGGCCACAUGACUAUAGGCCUGUCACCGUCAAAGAGGAACAGGUGUCCCCCGCCUCCUCCUCACAUCCCCGGGACACUCCCAGAGGGGCAGCCCAGAGCCAGGGGGAGCAAGGGGCUGGAGGGGCUGCUGGAGGAGGUGGAGAGGGACCCUGGCAACCCCUAUCAGGGUCAGGGCGGAGGAAGAACAGGAAGAACAAAGACACUGUUAGGCAUAUUACCCAGCAGGCUGAGAGGAACUGGGACAGAGAGCGAGACAGGGAGAGAGAAAGGGACAGUAGGCCUGGAUCUCCUCUGCCUUCCAUGCUGGCUGUGGCUGGAUGGAACUACAGUGGACAGGAAAUCCCAGGGGCAGACGUGACCGAACCCAACAGCUCAGACAGCCGCGGCGAACGCCUCGACUUCUUCCUCAAGCAGGAAGAGCCUCUCACCACAGAGCCCAGCUACAUGGGUCCCAACGAAUCAGAAGAGGCCGGGGGAGGAGGCGUGGGUGGAACAAUCUCAUCUGUAGCCAAUCUGAAGGCGGCGCUGAUGAGUAAGAACAGCCUGCUGUCUCUGCGGGCUGAGAUGAUGGGAGAUGAUAACCCUUUGCUGUUUGAGUACCUGCCCAAAGGAGCACACUCCCUGUCUUGGCUCCGCUCCAACAACUACUGCAGCACGCUCCGGCCAGGGGCCACGGGGGCCACUAUUCAUAACAAACAGGGGGCUGGCUCCUCUCCUCUUCCUACUCUUCCACUUCUUCCUCUUCUUCCUCCUCAUCUUCCACCAACACCACCGACACUACCGCCAUCAUCAUCAUCAUCAUCAUCAUCAUCAUCAUCAUCAUCAGCAUACUUCCCACCCACUCCGCCCACACCACUGCACCCCUCUGAGCCUCGGCCCCUGGAGGCCCCCGGUCUGCGGGCCGGGGCACCCCCGCUGCGCUCAGAAGGGUUGGACAUGGAAGUGGAAGAGGCCGGCGGGGGCCCAGAGCCCUCCACCUUGCCUGAGGAGGGUGUAAAAGACAAAGAAGACAUGAAAGAGUACAGCACAGCCUUGGAAGGUGACCAGUCUCCUGUCGAGAGGGAUCAGAUGGGCGAUGAGAGCUGUGCUGGUGGCUUGACUGUGCCUGCGUCAGUGUCAGUGGUUGGCAGAGGAACUAAAGGGCUGAUGGUGCUGGACGAAGAGGUUGGGUCAGGGAAAAGAGUCCUGCCAGAGCCCGGUGCCUGGCCCUCACAGGGGUUUGCCUGCUCCCUGUGCAAACGGCUGUUCAGCAGCCUGGAGCACCUCAGGGAACACGAGUACCGCCACACCCUGUCUCUGAUGGCCUUGUCUCUGGACUGGCCGAGCAUGCACGGUCCGUACCACCAACCUACCCAGGCCCAUCACCAGCCACAAUCCCAGCCUGCCCACUUCCACCAGUCCCAUUAUCGCCCUGCAGUGGAAGAGCUUGUGCCGGCGCGCUACCUCUGCUCCCAGUGCCCCGCCAGCUUCACCCUCAAAUCCAACGCCGACCGACACGAAAAGACCAUCCACUUUAAGAAGAAGCUGAUGCAGUGUGUGUACUGUCUGAAAAACUUCAGAGACCGCACAGACCUGCACAGGCACCUGUCCUCUGUGCACUCCAAAGAGAGAGGGCACACCUGCCCUGCCUGUGCCAAGGCUUUUAGCACCCAAAAAAACCUGUCUACACAUGUUAAAGUGUGCUGCCAGGUGGGGUCAGUGCCAGGAGAUAUGCUGGGAAGAGGCACUGGGAUGGAAAUUUGUCAGGGUGGGGUUAUAGAUUCACUGUGGCGGCUUUCUCAAGAGAUGAAAGUUGACAAUCAUGAUCUCAGUAUCAAUUUGGAAAAUUGAUGCAGGCCGCAUGCUUAUGUACACAUAAUCAUUCCUAUCAGCUAGCAGUGUAUUGUUAAUGCCAAAAUGCUCUGUGGCGUUAUUGCACUGACAAGGGAAGGAUUCCUUUUAAAUCAAGUAUCUGUUGACAUUUUUAAAAAUACCUAGGGACUACUCUUUUUUUACAACUUGUUAAAUAUUAUGUUAUUAUUUUUUUUACUAUGAAUUGACAGCUUACAUGUAAACAAUGCACAGUUGCUAUGCAAAGCCGAUCGGUUUAAACAACAACUGACUGAAGUUAUAAGUAGAACAGAUUUUUAAGUAAUCUUUAGGUUUGUGAAUAGUUUGAGUGUGCACUGAUUGGAACCAAUAACAGGUGAAUAACUUUUCUGUUGUGGUGCUGACUCGAGAGACGGGGGGGCGUCUUUCCGCCUCCCUGACCCAAACCACUUGUCUGGCUCUCUGUCGCCAGUCACCAGGCUGACUAAACUCUUCUCUCCUUUUUAGGCAGAGAGAUCUUUAUCUUUGUGUCCAUCCCUGCAUUAUGGGCACACAGACACUCAGGCUUUACUGGGGCUCACAGCCCACACAACCACACCACCUGCAGGAACUUUGUAGAAUUGCAGCAUGAGACUAGAAUUAAGACCAAGAUCAGAUUGUUUCUGUUGCCAGUGGUAGCGUUCCUCAAAAUAACAUAAAACGUAAAGGAAUAUUAUUAUUUAUCUAUUUUUUUAAACACUGUGGUUACUUUUCUUUACACUGAAACUCAAAGCAAAACAAAGUCAUUGUAUCACCAUCCCCACUGAACACGUAGCUUGUCAUCUCAUCGCUCUGACAUGAUUACCUUCAGUCAGUGCUGUCAGAUCAGUGCAGAUGGAGGGGAUGUGUCAAACCAGACAAAGCCAGCUAAACAAUAGACCAGUAGAAGCUCUGAUGGGGGUUGGGUGGUGUCAUUUUCUCUCUCUCUUUCCAUCUCCUCUAUCCCAGAUCUGUAAGUCUUCUUUUGGCUGGAGCUGGAUAGUAAUUGGUCCGGCCCUUCUUAACCCCUGACCUCUUCAUCUGAAGAGGAAGUGGGGACCGAGGGGCAGAUGACCCUUAAACCAGAUGAGUUUAGUGAUGUCACUGCUGCAGACAGAUAACAGUGUGAGACAAGUGGGGAAAAUUCAGGAGAGGAAUAAGGGAGAUGGUGAGUGUGUUGCAGAGCUGCGAAGAUAUUGUAAUCAGCAUGAGCACUGACUUCAAAAUCAUUGCUAAUAUAAAUUCACACCAAUUUCUGCCAAACAUUCAGGCCUGCAACUAUAAACCAAGAUAUUUUCCUGAUACAGCCCAGUUAUGAAGGUGCAUUGUGUGUACACCCAUACUGUGAGUAGUACAUACCCAAAGGGAAGACAGCCACCUGUGUUUCCCUCUAAUAUUCCACAGUCACUCCAACACAUAGAACUGUAAUUUCUAUGUGUUCAGUAAAAGCAGAACUUGUGUCUAUUGGGAACAUGCCCCCUUACCUGUUGUGUGUACAUACACACAGGGAACACCCAAAUGCCAAAUCCUUUCUCAUACUAAAUCCCGUCUCUCAGGUAACACUCUGUUCUAGCCAGCAGCUGAAACGGACUGGCAGGCUCCAAGAAGUUAGCAACUAAUCAGGAACUCUGCAGAGCCAGCCAUUCAGGAGAAACGACAAAUACUGUACGGCUGUUGUGUGCGAUUCUUGAGAUGAGUGAAUAUGUGUUAUUGUAAAUGUUGAAAGAUAUUUAAUUUUAGAAUAUAUAAUUCCCUCCUUUACCCCCCCCCCCCUCCAUGCACUGUACAAAGAUAUGUACUUUUCAAAACGGAAUUAUAUUCUGCUUGUAGUUUUUGUGCUGUAAUUAAACUAUGAUGGAAAAUGUUUAAUCCUC